UCGUUCCCCCUCCUCUUCCAGCACCUCAGCAGGUUCAAACUCUUCUCCGUGAGAGUGGCGGCGAUCGCGAGGUCACGUGAUGAGCAUCCUGCUGCCCAACAUGGCGGAGUUCGACACCAUCUCGGAACUGGAGGAGGAGGAGGAAGAAGAAGCAGCAACGUCGUCGUCGUCGCCGUCGUCGUCGUCGGUAUCUGGGCCCGACGAUGACGAGGAUGAUGAUGAGGAGGAGGAGGAGGAGGAGGAAGAGGAGGAGGAAGAGGAGGAGGAGGAAGAGGAGGAGGCGCCGCCCCCGCCUCGGGUAGUGAGCGAGGAGCAUCUGCGGAGAUAUGCCCCCGACCCUGUAUUGGUGCGGGGCGCCGGCCACAUCACUGUGUUUGGCUUGACCAACAAGUUUGAUACUGAAUUUCCCUCAGUUCUAACAGGGAAGGUGGCUCCAGAAGAAUUUAAGACCAGCAUUGGCCGUGUGAAUGCAUGUUUGAAAAAGUCUCUCCCAGUCAAUGUGAAAUGGCUGCUGUGUGGGUGUCUCUGCUGCUGUUGCACACUGGGUUGCAGUCUGUGGCCUGUUAUUUGUCUCAACAAAAGAACCAGAAGAUCAAUUCAGAAGUUAUUAGAAUGGGAAAAUAACAGAUUAUAUCACAAGCUUGCUUUGCACUGGAAGUUGACUAAAAGGAAAUGCGAAACUAGCAAUAUGAUGGAGUAUGUAAUACUAAUAGAAUUCUUACCAAAAUAUCCCAUAUUCCGACCUGACUGAAGAGUUUUAUCCAGUCACUUCUGUGUUAUCUGUCAUUUCCUACCCUUAGUGCCUUGUAGAUGAUUUUGGAAUGAAGAUGGUCUCCUUUGCUGUGUUCAAUUUACUGUUUAUAAUGGUAGAAUAUUCUCCUUGCUCUUUUAUUUGUGUUGGUUUAUGAAGAAAAUUUGCACAUCUUUUUUUGUUGUUAAAUGAGGCUUGUGUUUUGCACUCUCAAAUUUUAAAUACACACACACGUGUGCAUAUACGUAUAUAGAUAGUUGCCAUUAAAGAUAAAACAUCAGUGCUGGUGUUUAAAAAACAAAAACUUGUUCUGAGCAUGCUGCCUUAUAAUUUUCAUACGCACUGUUUCUAAAUAUGCAUCAUUUUUCUAGGCUACUUGAUGCUCUGUAAUCCCUUACUGGACACACUUAAAUAAGCUUUUGGUAGCUUUUAGAAAUGGUUUUACUCUGCUUUAAAGGACAUGCAAUUAAUAGCACUGGUUUUGUCCUGCACUUUGCUAAAUUAUCACUUAUGUUAGUGGAUAAAAUAUUUAACUCCUAAAGACUUGUAAAUAGUGUCUCUUUGCAUAAUGUAAAACGUGGUAUGCCAUGGUCUAUGGAAUGUAAUAUUCCUUUUACUGUAUUGCCAACAAUUCUGCAUAGAUUUGAAUAUGAAUGAAUUUUGCAAGUAUCCUUUUGAAUGUAGAGACUGUUAACAUGCUGUUGUAUGGCAAAGCCAUAAUAAGUAUGUUAAGAAUUUCAGGUGUAGGGCAGGGUGGCCCUUUGUAACAAGUGGAUUAACAUUGAAAUCAUUAUCUCAGAUAUUCUGCAUUGCACCUGAAACCAAGAACCUUAUUAUUUCCAUUUCAUUUAAUUCUCCACUCCCACUGCUAAAAGAAUUUUUUUGACAUCUGACACAUUUCACAGCCUCACCAUUCUUCAUUUAUUUCCCUUUAUGUAGCCUUUCCCUCAUUUGAAAAUACUCACAAUUAUGACCUUAAAGGAGUAUUUUGAGAUUUCAGACAUCUUGGGAGGUAUCCAUGAAAGCCCCUACUAACCGCUUUCUGGAGUUCUGAUAUUCUACUUUGGGAAAGAGGGAGAACUAACUGAGAAGUUGUACCUAAAGAAUAUAUGGUAGCCGAUUCAUAAUUGAUAAAAUAUUCUUAAUCCUCUUCUUGAGGAUCUUUUAAAAACAUUUGGAUAUUGUUAAUGAGAAAAGACCAAGUGUUUAGACAAAAGUCUUUUAGUUCAUAAAUCCACCACACAUGUAGCCAUUUCAUUGGUGCCUAUUUCUCUGUUUCUCUUCACAACUAAGAUGAGUGAAAAAGCACUAUAAGUCUACUAGAAUUUGAAAUUUUAGUAUAAUAAAAGCUUUAUAUCACAUUAAUUCAACUGCAAACGUAUGCCUCUGUAGGCAUUAUUUGUAAUUCAUAGUACUAAAAAUAAAUUAAAAGUGUCUGGGACUGAAUAUUUUAUUUGUCAUCUUACUCUUAAUUGCUUUUAGUAAGUUUUUUAGGCAAGCAUUCAUCCCAGUAAAGAGAACAAUCAUUUCUUCAUACAAGGUCUAGCCUUUUUAUACCACUUUUAAAAUUUAUGCCUAAUUUGAAACCCACAAUCCAGUUAAGAAAAAGAGGGGAAGAGGAGACACUGUUUGAUAUGUGACUAUAAUUGUUUGCAUACUUUUCCCCCUCCCUCUAAAGAGCCCCAUUACCUCUGUGCCACUCAGCCACCCCAGAUCUCUAAUUUUUAAUGUGUUGUAUAUGCCUGCAAAUACCAUGUAUCUGCCUGCUGCAAAAUUGAAGGUGUAUUUUUAUAGACAAGGUGGAAACCUCUGAAAAUGCAUACCAAAUGUCUUGUUUUAUAGCUAAGGUCAGGGAAAAAUUGUAUCCGUGGUUUAUUUUCCAGCUAAUGUCAUCAAAUUUAUGCUUCAGACUGUGACAUUUUAAUACCAAAAUUGAUUUCCAGCUUAAUACAAAAUGUCUAAUUAUUAUUGAUAGAAUAAUUGCUUUCAAGUGUCAAUCCUUAAAAAUCUUUUUUUCUGUAACCUUUGAAUUUGACCAUAUGGUGGUCAUAGUAGCUUUUUCUGCCAUGUAUAAAAUCAUACUUGGUUUUGCUCAAAGAACAAUAGGAAAUGGUAAAUCGUUUCCAUGAAACAAAUACUGAGAUGGGAAUAGAGUGUAUCUGGAGGUGACAGAGUAUAAUUCAACUCACAGUAGUAUAUGUCGUAAAAACCAUUUGCCAGCAUGUGUAAACUUACUUUUAAAGCCUAGUCUAAUCACUCUUAAAUUUAUCGUUUCAUUGUUUAUUAUGCUGGUCAACUCAUCGAAGUUUCUUGAACUACCCAGAAAACACCCAAUUUUCUUUUUUUUCUCUCUUAUGUGACUGCUUUUUCAAACUGUUUUUCCUUACAGGGGG